UUAGUUAUUUAUACUAAAUUAACUCAGAUGACUAUUCGUGGGUUGCUGAAAAUAUAUGCGUUAAACCGAAUUCAACUUAAUGCGGUAAUAAUCCUUUCCCGGUCUGUCAGACUUUGAUGCAAAAUAGGUUAGACUGCCCGUCAAAGUCAUAUUUUUUCUUCAUAUUAUAAUCAUAUUCAUUAUCCUGAAAAUGAUAUACCGACUAACUCUAGCUUUAAUUUUUUUUUUGAAUUUGAAGAGAUAAUCGAAGUUACCGUAGCACGCGAAUUAUUGUUACAUGAGCGAGAUAUUUUGAACUGAUUUCUUGACGUUUAUAUAGGAUUUAUUAGUGGUUAGCGAGCAUUUGAAACAUAAAUAGACAGAUGCAGGGAUGAAUUCGCCGUUCUAACUUGAGCCAAAAUUUGAAGUCGCAUCGAUGUCUCAGCGAUUUAAGGUUCCAAUAAGAGGAAAAAUAGACGUUUUUGUUUUAUGAAAGUGAGUUUCCGAGAAAUAAUCCUUAAUUCCAAUGUUUUUGUUGCAGUGUCGUGGGAAUUUUCUAAGGGGAACUGCGUGGGUAUUUUGUUGAAUAGCUACCAGAUAAUAAAUUCUUAAAAAAGCAAACAAAAACAAUUUUGUCUUGGCUGUAUUGUUUUCUGAACGGGAGUUACAAAGGAUGCGUAAAAGUUAUGCGUUGAUGGCUCUAAAAUAAAAUAACCAGAGGUUUCGUUCAGACAGGUGUCUUAACAAACAAUGAGACUUUAAAACUGUGAGCCAAACUAAAACUGCUAAUGGCUUAUGUCAAUGCCACGGAUAUCGUAAUACAUAAUAGACGUAUUUUAGGGAAGUGGAGUUUUUAGACGAAGAAAUUGCCACGAAUCUGGAUCACUCUCUUGUUGUGUAUGUAUGCUAUCAGUAAAAAUGUAGGUUAAUAUUGAACCUGACUAAGUACUCUAAGUGAUGUCUUAGUUUCCAAGUAGGACCUUUGGAUGGCCGAGGCAAUGAAUUUAGUUAAUUUCUGUCGAAUCUUCCGGCUUAAAUAUACGAUAUACCACAGUGAACACGGUAAGUUUGUUAAAAUACCAUACGGUUUAAGUACCUGGCGGAAAUCCGAUGUUGCGGUUAAUAAAAUCGUGCAAGCCGAUUAGAAAGACAAAUGAAAAAACCGCAAUGAACUGUUUGCCUAGCGAGCCUUCUCGGUUUGUGGUUAUUAACGGUUUUUGAAACGGAUGUACUAUAAGCUGUUAAGAUGUAACAGUUGUCACUGUUGCCAAAGUUCAUUGCAAAUUUAAAACUCGCAGCACGCCCGUCCGGGGCAAAAUUAAAAUAUGGAUACGUUUAACGCGUUGAGUUUUUCUAGAUGAUGUACGGGAUUUUUCAAAGAAAUAAGCAAACACAGUAAACUAUUCGGUGGUAAAAAUGAACUGAAUUAUACUAAAACAAAAGUAUUUUUGAUUCGAUGCUCGAAGCUAUACAUAUCUUUUACAAAAUAUUUACACACGCAGUACCUGUAGUAGUUAAGAAUUUGUCGGAACAUCUGGGGAUCUCUGUCGAACACGUACGUCUUGCUAACAGAGUCAUAGAACAACUCUUUCUCUGGACUUCCUAGAAGAGUCUCAGGAUGGUUUUCGAGAUUAUCCGCCCAUGUUUCAAAUAACCUGCCACCGACUUUUAACAAUAUCCGCUUACGAGGUUGUUGCAGAGAUUCGCUGUUUAAGGACCAAAUCGAUCUCUCCUCACUUUUUUUCUUCGUAAUCAUUUCAGCACAGAGGGAAGCUUGCACCAGAGUUGUAAUUCACCGGUAGCCUAAAGAAAGGACGGAUAUCUUUAGUGAAAGCUGCUAUUGAAAUGACCAAUUAAACGUCACGUUACUUCUGUGGGGCACCCCGUUCAGCGCGUCUCCUUUGCUGUUAUUUGCAUAAACGACAAGUUUUCCUGCAUUAGCCACACUCACCGUUAAUUUUAAGCUGGAACGCCGCAGUUUAGAAUAGACAUAAAUAAUUAAAAUUAGGGCACUACGGCAGCUAAAUUUGCUCAGUGCUCCGAAGAAAGGAACUUUUAAAUCGAUUUUAAACGUCGUCGGAAAAAAAUAUUAGCGUUGUUUGACUCAACUUCGGGCCAACAACCCGAAGUUUUUUAAGCAUGUUUAAAAGCUUUCUAGUCAACUUCCAGCUUCAAAUUAUUUGGUGAUUACAUAUCUUCACAGGGUGCUAUCGCACGCAAAGAAAAACUAUUCGCCUUCGGAAGCCAGAAAUUUACAAACUAUGGAAAUAUGACAAGGUUCUAUUUUGAAGCAAUUAGAACCUAAUAAAAACAAAAAUAUUAUAAUCGGUAAUUGCCAGCAAAUCAUUUCGCAUUUGGAACAUAUAGUUUUUAAACAAACGUAUUUUAUUUUAAUCUUUUUUCCUUAUAAGGGUCUUAAUCUACCGGUUGUGCUCUACGGCUGAAAUUAAUUCGGGACAUUUUCUCAUGACUUGACAAGUUUUAUGAGUCCAAACAAUUAUUUAUGCGGAAUUUAAGAUCAAUUGAGUAGCCUGAGUUUGUAUUUUUGCGUUAGCUAAGAAAUUAAGGAACAAAUUAGCAAGCCUCAGUAGGUUAAAAGGUAGUUUACCUCUACAGCUUAUAAAUCAACCGCGUACAACGUUUUCUGAAACCGGCUAAAAGAAUGCCAUCGCCAGGAACAACUUACGAGCAACCUUAUCUAAUUUAACCGACAAAAUUUGUCUUAUAGUAGGAAAAUAUUUUCAUGUGUAAUAUUUUGCAAGGUAUGAAAUUUUAGUCUUCUUACUUUCACGUUACCAUCAUUUCACGAUAUUACUGGUAUCAGCUUUUAUCUUGUCUUAAAUUUUGAAUUUAAACAAUGGCUUAUUUUGAUACCUGCACGUUUGUUUCGUACACCUGUCAAAUAGACUUUCUUGUCGUUCAGAAACGUGACUCGUUUUAUAUAGGCCAUGUUGGGGUACUUCAGUUUUGUUCUCUAUGUUUUUAAAGGUUGAAAAAUGACUAAGUCAUAUUAGCAAGUUACAGAAUAACCGGUGACGAAAGCAAAAGGUAGCGGCCCGUCAUUUUAUAUGAAAAAUGCAUAUUCAGAUUCGCAUCCAGACUCCCCACUACUCCUACCACAAAGCUGAUCUAUUUUUGCGUUUUUUUUUAAAGUUAUUAUUGCAGCUCUUACAAGUAGGUGUUGGGCUUGCACAUAGAACAUAUUGUGGGGAAUUUUUCAACAAAUGAUAAACUAAAAAAGAUCAUGAAAGAAAUUUUGUUAAUUUGUUUUGAAUUCUUGAUAAUAAUAAUGAUAACUCGAACAUUUCUACAGGAUAACCUAUCACUCGCGUGAGUUCGAUUAAAAAUAACUGUUAUCAAAAGGGUCCUGUAACUAAAUAAUACAUAACUAAAAAACACUAAGAAAUCUAAGAUUCAAAAAUCAAAAUUUGUAAAAAUUAUUGACUUAUAAGUUAAAAGAGCCGGUACUAAAGUUUCUAUGAACUGAACACACUAGGCAAAAAUUUUUCCUCUUUUUUUCUGUCGAUUCCCGUAUGGUAGUUUAUUUUUGUUUAAUUUACUCCAUGUUAAGAAAUGUUAAAACGUUGCUGCGUUACAACUGUAAUUAAUUCUUAAGAUUUUAUGAAGAUUAACCGUUGCAGUUUUGUAGUUUGAUCGACCGAGAAAGGACCUCAGCUUAGUUAAUUGUUACAAUUUUACUCACUUGACGUUACACAACAUGAUUAAACUUUGGUCAUUAUCAAAAUCUGGCUGGCCUCUUUUGCCAUCAAUAAUCAAUAAUCUUUAUUAUGCUUUUGUCGAUGUACAUGGUUAGUAUUACACUCUGUACAUCGCCAAAAGCAUAACAAAGAUUAUUGAUUAUUGAUAGCAAAAGGUGCCAUCUCGUUACCUUCUUCAACUUCACUGAAUUCAACGUACCAAGCUGAUUUUCAAAUACUUUCUAGACUUCCACUAUUAUUUCAACAUCAAAAUGACGUGAUAUAGAGCACAAAUGGUGAUGGCAAAUAUUACAAAACUAAAUUAGCUAACAAAUUUUACAUGCAAUAUAAAUAGAUUUUUAUUACCUUUUUGGUAAAAACAAAGGUUGGUCACGGUUCACCGCGUAGCGUUUAUGAUUUUUAGUUGGAUCUGGCAUCUAGCUGUUUUAAACUGUUAUAAUAAUAAUAAUAAUAAUAAUAAUAAUAACAAUGAUAAUAAUUACUAUUAUUAUAUUGAAGAUUUGUCUAUUGAUAGAUGUUUCACUGACCAAAUGCCUUCCUUUCCUACCAUAUGGCGUGCGUUAAAACGCUGAAAUUUUGACUGAUUGUACGUGUUUACAAAAUACAAAACCAAUAUCUAGCUUCCCUCUCCGGCUUACUGGAUAUUAACUGUAAAUGUUUUAAAUGAAUACCCGUCCUUAAACAUUAACAUAACCCGAACGUAAACAUAUGUAACAUGUAUGUAAACAUAUGAAGGUGAUACCAAAAAUAUUGUUUUACUUCAGUUGGCUAUACUUGCACGCACAAUUAUCUGGGACAUCUUAGUUAUAUUAAAGUAAGCUUAUAACAGCAGGAUGUAACAGAUACUGUGAACCGUGAGAUAUCAACAGAAGCUUUUCGGAAUCAAGUUGUAUCCUACUUACAAGGCAAUUUGGUUUCCAUUACGCUAAAUACAAGACUACAGAUGAAAGUGUGAAACAGAAAGACACAACCCAAUAGCGUUAUUAGGAUUUUUAAGCCAAAAAGUUGUAUACCUGAUUAUAAAUCUAAAAGCCAAAAAGUUGUAUACCUGAUUAUAAAUCUAAAAGCCAAAAAGUUGUAUACCUGAUUAUAAAUCUAAAAGCCAAAAAGUUGUAUACCUGAUUAUAAGUCUAAAAAUGAUAGUUAAUAUUCUGAAGGUAGAUUUAAGUUACCUACGCCGGCAGGACCUCUUGAAUAACAUAAACCCCAUAGCGUGGGAAUCCCUCAUUUUUUUUUGUAAUGUUUGUUGUUGCUACAAAUACUGGUGACAUUUAUCAUGUGCUGUUAAUAUUUUCUCAUUUAUUUCUCAUUUGUCAUGUGCUGUUAAUAGUUUCCGUUAUGUUAUAACUUAAGGGCAAUCUGACUUCACGACCACUAUCACCAAUAAAUGCAGAGAGAUAUGCAACCCUUGAUAAUUAAAAUGACGUUGUAUGAGCCGUAAUGAGUAACGAGUAACUUAUUGGCGUGUAUCCUGGAGUGCAUUAGUGUGAGAGAUAAACAUGACGAAGCCGUCAAGGAAAUGUGUUCUACUGGCAUAAGCUUUGGAAGAUUAAAUUUACUCCAUUCAUGUAGCAACUGCACGCUAUUGUUUAGCAGGCAGAGAUAGUCAGGAGGUUUUGUAUACUGGAUUUGUCCAAACACCGAGCGGCGAUUCAAAGCGAUUGCGAUUUUUGUCAGACAUCUGCAAUGCCGAUAUUCAUAAGACCACUUUUAGAUUUUCCGCAAAAACAUAUACCGUCUUGAAUGAACUUUUAAAUAAUUUGCAAAGAGAGAGCUGAAGUGUUGGUAAAAACUAUCUGUUUGAGCUUGUUGACAGUAGUUUAUAAUUCUCCUUUCAUUAUUCGCUUCUCAGACCGGCUGGCGACUGUUCUGUUCUUUGUGACCAUUGUGCUUGAUGAAGUAAGACCUAAGGUCAUGUGUAUUCACACGAAAAUGAUCAUUGUUUGUCGUAGACUGCAAGCAGUAAAAAAAAGAGAGAGAGACUGCUCGUAGUCUAUGUUUGUCAUGUUUGCUGCGGCAGCAAGGACAGAAAAAAUGUUUUAUUUCGCUCGAUUAUGGUAUCACUUGAAAAAAGCGUCUCAACUGUACAAUUUCCGGUAAACAGAGUAAUUAAGUUCGGACCAUGCUGAGAAGCACCCAACUUGUGAUUGGUCACGUAUUGACAGUUGACGUUAUCGGAAUUAGUUGAAAAUGGUUUGCGAAAUACAAAAACACCAGCUGUUAUUAGCAGGCGCUCCCUUCCCUUUUCCCCGCUUUCGCGCUUUUCUCCCUCUACCCUCCCCCUCCCCCUCCCCUUUUUGCACCUGCCACGCAGGCUACCCGUCAGAACAAAAGACCACUCUCCGCCCCACUAAUAUUAUAAGUUUGUCACGUCGAAAAUAUAGCCUAUUGUUUUGACGAAUUUGAUCUGGGGUCACAAUAGCCCAUUUCUUGAUACGCUUUAUGGGUGAUUUGUAGUUGCCUUAUGUGAAUCAAAGAUAUCUUCAAACUUGUAAUCAUUUUCCAGUAAUCAAGAUCCGGUUCAGAGCAGGGGCCCGUUUCUCGAAAGUCCCGGUAACUUUACGGGCCCGAAAUCAAAUAUUCAAAUCGAAAUAUAAAGAAUAAGAGCGCGGGUCCUGGCUAGCAAACUACUCCAUUUAGUUUCAUUAACUGACAGUUUGAUCAUGUUAGAUGCAAAACUAUUGAAACCUCGAUCUUUACUGUAAACGGAGACAGCUUACCGGGCCCGUUAAUUAUCGGAACUUUCGAGAAACGGGCCCCUGGCCCGCAGUGCAGGCGUAUUAUGGGCUGGCGAAAAUUGCUUGUUUAUGUUCGUAUUGUUGUUACCGCCAUCUUUGAUUUUAUGACAGCGGAAGAUUGUGAAGAGUAGAAAUAGUAACCCUUAGGGUAGGUGCUACGGUGAAAGAAGGAAAGGGGCAGGGAGAGGGGAGAAAAAAAUGCGGCAUUUUCUCUCGUAUCUCCCCGCCCCCUCCUCCGCUAACUUCGACUCGCCCCAUUUUCUCCUCUCUUUUGGAGUUUCAACAAGGUGCUUUCGCGAGCAAAAACAUUCGUUGGCCCGAAGUUUUCCCGUGCGCUUCCUUGGACAAUUGGACAAUUGACUGGUAAAAUCCUUCUUAUUUAUCAGUGAUGACAGCGUAUUCCAGGCCGCCAGCGCUUGUACACGACAUGCUUCGAAUGGCGUGGUAAGUUUGUCUGCCUGAUCGAUUUCUAUAAUACACGGUAAAAUGUAAUAAAAUAUGCAACUUACGUUACUAGAACUGCACCUAAUACGGGUUUAAACACCAUGUCAAAUCAACAAUAACAAUAAUUCUUGCAGAAACUCUUUAGCUUACAAACUCGAAAAACCUAUUAGUAAUGUAAAUUCGUUUUCUGAUAAAUGUAUUAGUAGUAUCCAAGAAAGAAUUUCAAAGACUUUAGUUUUAGUUUUUGUAUUAAGGUUUCUAGAAAUUUAAAACUACAAAUCAAAAAAUAAUUACAACAAAUGAAAAGAUGUAAUAUACAAAGUACUAGUUAUUGUGCUCGCAUUUAUCUGCUGGUUGAUAAAGAACUGAAUUGUCUAAUAAAUAAUUAACGUGAAAGUCAGUGGCAUUAUUGACACCCUUUCUGGUUGCGAUGCAGCAAAAUGUCUGUGUAAGCCAUGCAACAUCUAAAUAUAUGCUGUGGUGACUCAAAGCCCUUACUGCUAGUAUCGAAAAUCUUUCCUUUCUCAAUUACCCAACGAUUCAAAAAAGAAAACUUUUGAACUUUUAACCGAGUUUACGAACGUAACAGUACUAAGUACUGAAAAAAAUAAUUUCUAUUCAAAAAUUAUCUGUAUCCUCCAUUUGAAGAUUAUAAAAAUUUACCAUCCGAGCUAUAACCUGCGAACAGAAGAAUCCUACCUUCUAUAGCUUCAGCUGUACAGAUCCUCUGAAUAAGUUGCUAUUUUUCCCCUUUAGUGUAGGUCGUGUUAGUGUUCUCGGAAUAUACAUGAACCUGUUAAACAGCAAACGCGCGCGCUUAUUUUUAUCCUGGAAAGGCUUAUUUGGCACAGCUUAAUAUACAAAUACUAACGUGCCAUUAUGUUGUCAUACGAAAGCUGGCCAUCUGGCAGCAUAGUUUUGUGUUUUUCAGGAGCAUUUGUAAUUAUUUACCUAGCGAUUACAAUGAAGACUAGUCGCAUGAAAACCAGGUCAGGUUAAAUAUAAGCACUAAAAUAUUAAUAAUUAAAAUAAAGAUGAUGUUAAUAACAAUGGUAACAAAUGAGGAGAAUUCACGUGCCUAUAACAAUACGCAAUUUUUUUAACUUUCACACGAUAUAUUGGAUAAAAAUUAUAUUUUUCUAAAAAUUUAUUCCAUUCACGGACUCUUUUCUAAUCAAUUUCAAAUAUCGUCGGGAUAUUAUUGCCAUACAGUAGAUGUAUGGAAAACAGUAAUUUGUACCUAUUCUUAUAUAACACCCGUUCUGAAUCAUUAAGGUGACUGAACACGGUGUGAUAAGUUGUGGAUCGUUACAAUUCAUUGGGAUAUUACUCGUUGCAGGUAUACAUAUGAAGCUUAAUUUUGGCAUAUUUAUAAAACAUAUCAUUCAUUAGGUUAAACAUGAGCUGAUUUUGAUCAUUGCCAUGACAAAAUGCAUGGAGAUUGAAAAGAAGCUUAGAAUUUUGAAUUUAUUAGGUUUACACAAAUCCACAGCUUAAAAUAAAACUAGUAACCGGCCUCAUGGCCAAAAAACUGCUUAACCAAAUUGUAACAACUGCACAGAUUUUGGAAUUUUUAAGAUAAUAGCUUUCAUGAGAAACUCGAUUGUGACACAAAGCCCUUUGCUCAACUUUUAUUUUGAAGCUUCGCAUGCGAUAUGAACGUGAUUUCCGCACAAUGAAGCGACUGCUCUGUUGUAAUUUGUAAUAUUUUUGUUAGUAUAGGUAAUAGCAUGAUUAGUAGUGGUAUUGGCAUAAAUGCCACGAGUGAUACCUCAAAAUUGUUAUACGUAAUUUCACGAACCGGUAGGCGAGUGAAUUUUGAGACAAUUUUGAAAUAUCACAAGUGGUAUUUCUGCCAAAUAUCACGUACAAAUUAUGCUAUUAUUUGUUUAUACUACUACCCGCAAAAGGUUUGUAAUUUUCACAUGUAGGUAUUUCAAAUUAAGCUGAAAUACCACUGCUCUAAGCCAAUCAAAUUGCAGAAAUUUCUCAUGCAGUGGUAUAAUAGUGUGUAAUACAUACCUAUCGCAACUUGAAAUAAAAAGGUCGUAAUUGCCAACGAGGCAACCGAGCUAAGAAGCGAGGUUGCCUCGGCGGCACAUUUAUAGUCCCGCACGAUGUAGGCAAAAACUCUCAAAUUCUGCGUAACCCUCUAAAAUUUGCAUUUUUGACCAUAUUUGGGUGUAAGUAAGACCCUAUAUUUGCGUAGUGACGUCAUGGUCUUGUAUUUACUUUUCGUGUUCCGAAAUUGGGUGAUUCAGUGGGCAGCUGUUCGUUGUCUGUUCAAGAGGACCUAAUAGGUGAGCAAGCUCUAAUACGAUUUCUAGUUUGAAAGGGCAAUUAGUGGUCUGGUUUGCUUUAUAAAUUGUGUUUAAAUCAGCAGCUGAUCAAGGAAUAGGGUUUUACGCUCAAAUUUUUGUCAGAACCAGCUUAUUCUUUGCAGCUCGAUUUACAAUGAGGUAGCGCGUUCGCUUCUCGACUCAGAACCAGGGUUUUCCGUGUUGUCUUUUGCUUUGUGAAUUGAAUUUUGCGGUAGUUGAUCAAGGUAUAGGGUUAUAUUCUCAAAACUUAAUCAGAACCAGCGUGUUCUUCGCAGAUCGAUUUAAAUUGAGCCAGUCCUCAACGUAUUUGCAGACCUUUUUUAGAAUUUAUUCAUGCCUUUAGAUUUUGUCAACCAGCAUGUUUUUUUGAUUUACAUUGAGACAGCCCAAAACUCCCAUGAGGAAUGCAACGAAUUUGCGAACCUUUUGUUUUAAAGACUAUCAUUAUGCCUUUCAAGAGAACCUUUGACCUGUGACACUCGCUCAUUAGAUCUUUGUAUUUUAUUUAAGUUUAUAUUUUUAUACCUCUGAUACAUUCCGCCCCAUUCUUGCGCUUUUCACAUAUUUUAUUUUACACCAGCUUUUUCUCAUGUAUAUUACCACGCGAAAUAUUUUUCUUAUCCCAGAUGACGCUGUUGCUCGGAAUUUAAUUAUUAUUUUUAAUUUCAGCAGUCAAAGGCCUCAUUUGAACUAUAUUUUUCUUUCUAACGUUUAUAGUUUUGAUACAAUGGAAUUUUCCAUGAAACACAAGUGCUAACUUACUCAUAUUUACCAACAAAGCUCACUCUGCAGGGUUACCAUCUGAAUGUCACAAUGCUUUCUACUAUCGAUUUUUGCUCGUGUCAGUAAAGAGUUUACUGAAAAUAGCACGCGAUAAUCGUAAUCGCGUUUGUAACAAGUUUCUCGCUGUAUCGACACUGUAUGCCAAAACGGCAUACGUAUUUAUAUAUAUGUAUAUAUGUUGCUUCAAGCUAUGUUGUUAUUGUUUAAUAAACGUGACAGCCUAGAGUACGCCAAAGUUGUUGUUUUGAAGUUUGGUGCCAUCCUUUUCUAUAGCGGAAUCCAUUCUAAACCUCUAAAAUUAUGAAAAAAAAAAUAUCGCGAAGAUCUGAAUAGGCACAUUUCACAAAAGAUAAACGAAUUCGCCUCGUUGGCACUUGCCGGAAGGUACCCCUAGUAACGCCGCGCAAUGUAGGCAAAAACUCUCAAAUUCUGCGUAACCCUCUAAAAUUUGCAUUUUUGACCAUAUCUGGGUGUAAGUAAGACCCCAUAUUUAAGUAGUGACGUCAUGGUCUUGUAUUUACAACUCGUGGUCCGAAAUUGCGUGAUUCAGUGGGCAGUUGUUCCUUGUCUGUUCAAGAGGACCUAACUGGUGAGCAAGCUUUAAUACGAUUUCUAGUUUGGAAGGGCAAUUAGUGGUCUGGUUUGCUUCAUAAAUUGUGUUUAAAGCAGCAGCUGAUCAAGGAGUAGGGUUUUACGCUCAAAUUUUUGUCAGAACUAGCUUGUUCUUUGCAGCUCGAUUUACAUUGAGGUAGCGUGUUCGCUUCUCGACUCAGAACCAGGGUUUUCAGUGUUCUCUUUUGCUUUGAGAAUUGCAUUUUAAGCGGUAGUUGAUCAAGCCAUGGGGUUAUAUUCUCAAAACUUAUAUCAGAACCAGCGUGUUCUUCGCAGGUCGAUUUACAUUGAGCCAGUCCUCACCUUCCGUGAGGGAUGCAACGUAUUUGCGGACCAUUUUUUUUAGAAUCCAUUUAUGUCUUUCGAGUGAUUUUGUCAACCAGCAUGUUUUUUGCUGCUCGAUUUACGUUGAGACAGCCCAAAACUCCCGUGAGGAAUGCAACGAAUUUGCGGACCUUUUGUUUUUCAGACAAUCAUUAUGCCUUUCAAGAGACUCUUUGUCAACUCUUUGUCCUGUGACACUCGCUCAUUAGAUCCUUGCGUUUUAUUCAAGUUUAUAUUUUUAUACCUCUAAUACAUUCCGCCCCAUUCUUGCGCGCUUUUCACACAUUUUACUUUACACCUUAUUUUGUCUUAUGUAUAUUACCACGCGAAAUAUUUUUCUUAUCCCUGAUGACGCUGUUGCUCGGAAUUUAAUUAUUAUUUUUAAUUUCAGCAGUCAAAGGCCUCAUUUGAACUAUAUUUUUCUUUCUAACGUUUAUAGCUUUGAUACAAUGGAAUUUUCCAUGAAACAUAAGUGCUAAGUUGCUCCUAUUUGCCAGCAAAGCUUCAAGCCAUGCUGUUAUUGUUCAAUAAAAGUGAAAGCCUAGAAUGUGCCAAAGUUGUUCUUUUGAAGUUGGGUGCCAUCCUUUUCUAUAGCGGAAUCCAUUUUAAACCUCUAAAAUUAUAAAGAAUAUAUCGCGAAGAUCUAAAUAGGCACAUUCCACAAAAGAUAAAUUCGCCUCGUUGGCACUUGCCGGAAGGUACCCCUAGUUUUGUAAUAAAUCGUGAAGCCACAGCAAUUUGUAAUAACGUUGUAAGUUGUAAUUUGCUAUACACAUUAUUACCUGUCAGUCAAAGAAUGUGACGUGUCGGUCACGUAAAUUAUAGACGUCAAGGGGAAAAGACAUUACAAACUUGUAAAAACGCUUGUCAUGUCUGAUUAUGAGAGCCCGUUAGUCACACUUGUGAGCUAUAGGGCUCACUAUUUACACAAAAAAGGCAGCCUUUGCGAUCGAAAAGGCUCUUCAGAAGCAUUCGAUUCAACGAUAAAAUUUGCGUGUGGGAGAAGGACCUGAAGGACCCGCUACCAGGUAUAGGCAACAAUAACUGAAAAGACAAAAAUUGAUAGAAAACAAUACAUCGCCUUCCAAACGGUAUACAGUCAAACCUGUGUACAACUGUCAUUCUUGGGAAAUGGCAAGGUGACCCCUAUAUACAGGUCAACUUUGCAGAAAAUAUAAGGCAACUGAAAAUUUUGGGAAGUUGUCAGGUGACCGUAAUAUGCAGGGUGAACGCUAUGUACAAGGCCGUUAUAUACAGGUUGGACUGUAAUAGCCCGAACCAUUUAAUUGCCUGAUGGGCAUUUUCUUUUUCCUCGUGCAAAUGGCAAUUACCCCCGUCUCUUCCUCAAGCUCGUAUGAGCAAAUUCCCCUUCGUGAAAAUCUUUCAUUCCAUUCAACCCUGGACGCUAUUUGUUUUUGCGUUGUUUGUUCGUCGACUGUUUUUAAAAAUGAGACUUUUGGUAACUUUUUUCUCUCAUGUUCUUAUUUGAACCGCAAGUACUACGCAUGCAUCCUCACUGCGUACCCAAUUAGCCAACAUGUAAAUAACUGAUAAAAAAUUGGUAAUCUAAACACAUUUUGAGAGUACCUGUGUUGAUAGCAAAAAUGCGGCAUUAGCUGUUAGUUUAUCUCAGUUGCUUCUUUUUGCUUUAUCGGGACUCGUAAAGGAUUGCCUCUGUUAUUACUAAAUGAAUUUAACUUUCCUUCCUUUCCGAAGAGAGCAACGUACCACAACGUAUAUGAACUUUUACGGUAAAGUCACUCAAAUCAAUCGUGCAGGCAUUGCCCUGUUUAUAAUUAGUUCAGACUCGCCAGAAUCAUAUACCCUUUUUAGGACAGAGAGGUCAAAAACCAUGAUACCUUGUCAAGCGACACAUCCCCGGAGGCCAUAUAAGGGAGUACACCCUCCGGGGGCGUUAUUAAACCAAAAAAAAUAUGUUUUCUGAGUGUGGAAAAGACCAUGACUGCGUGCUAAAAACGCUGGAUGCCUGCUGUGUCCUGGACCUGCCCGCUUUGUCGGCGCAAAACGUAAAAUACGGUGAUGCAAGUAUACUAGGAGCUAAUACUGAGCAUUUUAAGUUGUUUUCGGUGCGUACUUCUACGCCGAACACCUUCCAAGCCUUUGAGUUUAGAAAGGUUUUGGUGGAUUAUAACUCUUGAACCAUUCACUGAAAUGAAGCUUAAUGCUCCGCACUACUUUCCUGUAGAGCUAUUUAUUAAUAAGUGGACAAGACGAGUGGCUCUGGCGUUUGAGACUGUCGAUAAAAUCCUUAAGUUUGACCAUCAAAUACCUUAGAGCUACUGAGCAGUACCUUUCUGAGGUAAUCAGGUUUUAACCUGUGACCAAAAUCCGAAAAUGUGAUAAAUUAUUAUAAAUGAAAGCCAAAAAGAAGCACUUGACUGUGAUGUUUUUUGUUAUGCUGCACAAGGUGGUUCUUACCCUUGAGUCUGUGGAAAAAAAUCAUAAAGUGUGACAAGUCAAAUGAAAGCUACUGAGCAAUACUUUCCUGGUUUUUUCUUCAAAUGAAUCUGAAUAUGAAAACAAAAAUAAAGGCUACGAAGCCUGACUUUUGAAUGGUAGUUAAAAAUUCCUGAGAUGUGACUUUAAGAAUUCAGCUAAAACCAUGCACCAUUAAUGAGUUAUUCGGCCUUUAGGGACAUUAUUUCUGUUCAAAGCUGCGGCUUUAAGCGAUUUUCUUCACUAGAGUAUUCGAAGAUUGACUAAAAGCACUUACCUACAUCUCCCAAAAUUGGCAGAAGAAUUUUUAUUACAAGGUAUAGAUGACGGGUCAAGUUGGGUUAUUUAUAAAAUUGAAACCUCAAAAAAGAAAAGCACUUCAAUUAUACAGCACCCAAUUUGCCUUACUUUGUCACUGGUGAAAACUGAUCAGAAAUAUCUUAGAUAACUAACAUAAGUCUUGAGAUUAUCAGUAGUGAAAACCUGUUGCCUGGCAACCAUGGAGAACUGACAAUUUGCGGAAAUAAACUUGAAAGUACUUAACGUUCACUAUUAACUCAGUCUAAGCACUGUGACCGGCUAUUUCCGGGUAACUUGAGGUAAUUACUUUAGGGAAAUCGCCGUUUACAAGAGUUCCGUAAUUAUUGAUUUCAUACAAAAAAAUAGUCAUGAAGAAUCUGAACGAAAUUCGAGAAAAAUUAAUUUAAACAUUGGAUGUUUUUGAACCGUCUCUGAUUACUAAAUGGUUUUUGAUUUCUCGCGAUAAUCCAUACUUAACCGGAGUGGUUCACUUUUAAGAGGAACGUAAUUUUCAAGUUGCUAAAACAAUACUUUUAACGAAUUUAAUCAUAAGGAAAGUGAAAGAAAACCAUGGGUGUUAUGCAUUGAGAAGGGGAAUUGUUACUUUGUGGAAUGAUCGGGUGUAGAAUACGAUGUUAACAUCCAUAUAUAUAUAUUUAUAUACCUGCUAGUUUGCAAAACAGACUUAAAUUCGCCAUCAACAUUUCUUUUACCUAAUUACAUCAACAGUGUUCGAAGUUCACGUGACCUCAUAACGUCGUAAGGACAAAUAGCUCAACAAACACCUGCUUGAACCAAGAGAGAAUCGCGAAGGGAAAAAAUGUUUAUGGAAAGAUGGAAUUGUUAAGCAAUGUAGUAUCAGUAAAUACUUUUAAAAAAGAGAAAAAAAUUGCUAGUUGAAAAUAUGUGUGAAGCUGAAUAAUUUAUAUCAAAGACAUUAUUGUCUGGCUUGUGGGUUUUAGGAAAAUUUAUCGCAUUUGUUGUUGUAUAUCGUCUGCCCCUCGUUUUAGAUGUUUAUUAAAUGCUUAAAAGUACUCUGGAUUAAGCAGAAAAUCUUACUCAUGAUUUAAAUAAAACACAAUCUUGCCUUUGAGAUUGGUCAUUAAUUACUAAAUUCUUUAAAACAAAAAGUUGACCUAUAGAACUCAAGUUUAUAGUUCGGGGCAGAACCAUCUAAACGGACGUGAGUUGAUAAAAGACCUCGCUUUCAUCGAUGGUAAUGGCUUUCAGAUGUACUGUUUGUAGUUAGCUGAAAGAUAUAUUUAUUCCUUAUCUUUAAAGGAAGCCGAUCGUUUUCUGGUCAGUUGAUUUCGCGAUAAGUCCGGGUUGAUUUUUAUGGCAAAAAUUCCCUGGUAUUGUUGCAACGGUUGAUUUCGGUGGAAGUUUGUUUUGUGCGAUAUUUGCGAAUUUCGUUCCUUCACCCAUUCAAAUAAACUUUAUAUUUUCCUCGUUUAUGUUUAUCGAUAAGCUACAAAGAUUACACUGAAGUAAACAUCAUUAUACUUACAAAAUUAUCCUCCAAUCCUCUAAAGUUGACCUCUCUUCAUGGUCCGUUUAACCUGAUUCUGGGCCCACAAAGUUGACAAAUCUUACGCCACAAUGCCCUGCGAAUCGUCUUUACUAGAACCUAAACUAGCGCACUCAUUAUCCAGAUUGAUAUAACCUUCAUCUUUUUCCCUGUUCGUUAAUUUAUAACCUUACUUCGAGAAAGAUAAAUUGCCCAGUCAGACUUUCAGAGAAAAAACCACCGUUAAAUUAAAAAUUACCGCACAUUUACAUGCACUGAAUAUAAGAGACGGUGAUGAGAACAGAAUAAUUCGCAGUCUUUUGUGAGUCUUGCUCGUUUUCCCCAUUGUGUGUACUGCAUGUGUUAACACCUCAAAACAUUUAAGUACAAUAAUGUAUAAUGACAUAACACUGGUACUUCUGUUUUGUUUCUUAAACUUAAUGGCACGCAAAGAAGAAGGCCAAUUAUAGACAGGUGCUAUCUUACAUCGAUCAACAGCCCCAAAUCACGGAACUACUCUUCAGAUGGAUUUCUACUGUCGCGGAAUUUUUAUGUGCGUACGCACUUAAAGUUUACGUCGGCAAAUAGAAUAGAGGCAAUGUAUGAAUUAAAAUUGAACGAGGUUCAAUUUUUACGUUUACGGGCGGCCUUUCAAACCGAUUGCCUCUAAGGCUGCGUGCAAACGGGCACAACAACUCCCAAUAUUGUUGCGCCAACAAUGUUGGGAGUUGUUGCGUGCGUGUUGGCAGUGCUGUACAAACGGAUGCAACAACUCCCAACAAGUUUGGGAACUGCAGUGCAUCGUGGGAAGAAUACAACCCAUAAGUCUUUGUAAUCCAUGCGUAAUGAGCGUGCUUGUCCCCUACAAUGUUGGAAGAACCGUGCAAACGGAUCCAAUAUUGUUGUACUAGGCUUCGGCGAUCACAGAAUAAAAGAAAUGUUGGGAGUUGUUGGCUGAAAAGUUUGACCGGUUUCAAACUGCGCGCAACAACACGCAACAGGGUGUGCCAACGGACGCAACAUGUAACGUCCAACAAUAUUGGGAGUUGUUAAUGAUAUAUGAAAUAAAUCAUAUAUGAGCUGCGGAAAUGAAAUGAAAAUGAAGAAACGAUCGUUGCAGUGAACGCAAUUUAUGUAAUUACGUGAAGAAGCCUGAAAAAAAUUCAGGACUUCAACGGGGUCUGAACCCGUGACCUCGCGAUACCGGUGCGAUUCUCUACCAACUGAGCUGUGAAGCCACUGACGUUGGGAGCAGGUCAAUUGUGGGUUCAUAUGUUCCCGUGAAAGACAUGAGUGUUAAUGAUGUAUGAAAUAAAUCAUAUAUGAACUGCGGAAAUGAAAUGAAAAUAAAGAAAUGAUCGUCGCAGUGAACGCAAUUUAUGCAAUUGCAACUCCCAAUUGUUGGGAGUUGUUGGCCAACAAUGUUGCGUCCGUUUGCGCGGGGCUUAACGCACCUAAAAUUAGUGGAAAUCCACCUUUAACCUGGCUUGCCAUACUGUCGGUGAAAUGAAUCAAAUUCUUCCUUCGUUUAAAUAGAAAAGCCAUAAAUAACUUCAACUCCUCACUGUCUCCUUUCUCUGCUUUCGGCUUUCUUUCCUAGGUGAAUAACGAGGAAUUUAUAAACUCGUGAAAACGCCAGUCAUCAUUUCUUUUGUUUAAUUUCAAAAAGCUGGGCAACUAAAAAUUAGCCAAGUAAAAAAUUCAAUGAUUUGACUACUACCACCAAAAAAACAAAUUGGCGCGUUGGAAGAGGGUUUUACUUCAGAUGAUUGCAAAGUAAGUCAGAAAAUCUCUUAACCUGUUUUGUUUAUCCUGCAAAUAUUGGUUUUCAGUGGACCAUACUUUUUGCCCAAUAAAAUCCAAAUUACCAUACUGUCUUUUUAUUUCAUUUUGUUCUGCUUUCAGUGAAGAUGCUUUCCGUUGUACUUUUUAUUAGCCAUUAAGUUAUUUUAAGAUACUCGCCCUACACCAGGCAAAAAGCGAGAAAAUUUGCUAUUAAGAAAGGUUUUCGCCCCAGUAAUGACAGAGAGAUUUAGAAUCAGGUUUACGGCAAACAGUAAACGUAAGAUUGACAUUGACAAUUUCUCAAGUUAGGAAAUGACUAUGAGAGUAACAGUUGUUAGCUUCGCACUAGAGCUCUCAAGUAUAAUCUAAGUGUACCUUUGAGUGUGAAGGGGUAAAAUAUACCUACUUCAACGUUACUUGGUGACCACGGAAACGUCCGUAGUUCAAAGAAGCCGAAGCUCGUCGCCAAGUAUGGUCUACACUACACUUGACCAAUGGGAAUGAAGCCAUGUGCACGUGCAGUGGUUCCAACCUGUCUUGGUUAGCUAAGAGGGUUUUGUGGAAGAGGCCAAGCCCAAGUUGUUAAAGGAUUUCUUUGCCAAAAAGCGCAUUGUUCAGCCACUCUAGUGAAACACUAAGGAAGACUUCGCUUGUUUUUUGUUUGUUUGUUUUUAUUUUCUGCCGCUCCUAAGUACUCGUAAAAAACGAAGCGCAUAAGCACCUCUUUUACUGUUAAAACCCUUUGAGUUAAAAGAAACGAAAAAAUGAAUACGAAACUACAAAAAGCUCUUUUCCAGCUCAAAGGCCCCGUAGUUUUAGCUUUUGUCGCGAGCAAUGACGUUACUUUGUGAUAUGCAUAUUAAAUAAUUUAACUACGAAAGAUGAUUGACAGCUUGUACCUCAAUUUAUAUACUUCUUCAACAAGUGUGAAGCCAUGUUUUCUAUAGAGUGACUUAAGAUUUUCAAUUGCACUUGUAUCAAUUCAAGUACCUACUUGAAACUAACUAAGUUAGCUUCUAGUGUGAAGCCAAGUACUGUGCAAGACAGUCCUUACGGAUCAAGGGCGUAGCGUGACCAUUUUGACAUAUACGCACACGGGUCCAUAUGGUCUCAAAAACUUCAUAUAAAAUAAAGUUUUUGCCCCCGCCCCCCCUUGGGGGAGGGGGGUUGCUUUCCUUUAAUACAUAUUUCGGCAGUUUACAGGGUUGUUUACAAUAUGACGUGACAUUGAAAAGGCUUUUAAAACGUUCUUCUUUGAGCUGGUACUAGAAUGGUUACAAGCAUAAGGCGAGGCGCCUUCGCUAAAUAAACUUCCAAAGCACUGAAUAAUUCACACGAAAUUCAAAACCUGUUUCAGGUCGUUUCAAAUAAGAUGUUUCCUUCAAAUUCUAAACGAAAAUUUAGCAAAACAUUUCAUGUUAAGAAUAAAAGAUUAGCUCUACUGUCGCUUUUAUUUUUCGCCUGUCACUUAAGAAAAAUGUUCACUUAAAGUGUAGAAAUUUGGAGUUUAAAUGCAUCGGUUGAAAGCCUUGCGACGUGUGCGUGGCUGUGUAUAUUUUCCGCAUGGUCUGGUCCAUGAUAAUCCAGUUGAGCGACAUUAAAGUAGUCUUAAUUGUUAGACUUUUUCGACAUUUAUAGGGAGAGAGGAAAUUUAAAAAAUCAAUAGCUUUUGAAUGGAAAAACUUUCCAGAUAAAUCUUGAAAGGAAUUAUAAUCAGUCAGAGUCGAUUCUUUGUGGCGACAAAUGUGUUUGCAUGAAUUUCCCCAGUCCCCCUUCGUUUUUCAUGAAAACGUAAUGUACUGUGAAUUCAAUUUAUCACAUUCCACUUCUCAAACUGUUGUUUUUUUGGGGGUGUAAAAAUGAUGGGGAAUAACCGCGAUACAUAUACAGACAGGAACAAAUUUGCACAAUACCAGGUUAAGUCAAGACACUAUAAAUGGCUUUUACUUAUAACAGAAAAGUUUUAAAAAAAACCCUACCAAUUUCUCAAGUACGCACUUGCGUAUUUGCGUAAAGGACGCUACGCCCCCUGCGGAUGAACCGGACAUGAAACUAAAUCGGUGAUCCAGAAACUCUCUAAAUAAAUAUGGUUCGCGAUAAAUUCGCGAGCAUGAGCCGACAGCAGCCACGACAGCGAGGCGUGAAACGCGGAUUCGCCAAGGGAAAGAAAAGACAUCACGGGGGCUUUUUCCAACAGUGAGCACGGUUUACUGCACCUUACAGGCCUGUCGAGCCAAGGCAGGUUGCUAGAAUUUAAAAGAAAAAAAAUACAUGUAACACCAUCGAAAACUUGGUGAAUUUGCAACUGUUUCAAAUUUCUUUCGCCCGACCAACUGCUUUCGAAUUUUUAAUUCAAGCCCACGUACUGGACGGAUCAUCUCCUUUCCGUUUCCUUAUAUCACUUUCGAAUAUUACUUUUAUGUCUCAAGUGCCAAUAAUACUGUCUCACCUGAUAGUGAUACGUCUCACGCAAUUCACACCUCCUGAGCUCAUUCGCCUUUAUAUACAAAUCAAAAUGUUUAUUGCGAUGAACGUCCUGCUAUUACCAGUCAUCAAAUAUUUUUUGAAAUAAUAUUAAUUGUUAUGUGUUCUGCUAUUUUUGUGACGAGUCUAAUGAGUUUUCGACGGUGUAAUAUAGAACCAAUCAAAAUCCAAGAAUAUUUUGGUACUUUUUAAGAGUCUUGCAAUUUGAAAGAUUUUACAGGCAAAAUGCAACCUUUCAAAUCACCUACUCCCCUACCAAAAACAGCUCAUAAUCUAUUGGAUUUUCGAUUUUGAUUGGUUACAGUAAAAUCCAGGUUAAUAAGCCCUGGGCAGUAGCCUUUAGCAGCGCCUCGAAACGAGCUGAUAACGAUAAUUGCAUGGCAAUAAAAAUGGAAGCUUUUAACAUGAACUGAUUCCGGCCGAACAACACAAAACAGGAAAAAAAGAUGUUGGAAACCAGAAGCAUAGCGUUAUAUGCUCCUGUGGAAACUGAAUAAGAGCAUUUUAGUGUCCUCGUCCUCUAAAAGACUUUGACGAGUCGCCAUUUCGAUGUGGGACUGGGAUUCGAUUACUUCUUUUGCCUGUGAUUCAAAUCUUAACCAUUAAGCAAGCAGAGGAUUGACCGACAGAAUUAAGCAAGGCAACAACGAUUUAUUAUCGUUUUCGUAUAUAUCGCCACCUUCGGACCACAUCUGCCUCGUGUUGCGCCGACAACCGAGAGCGCAGGGCCUUAUGGGAAGGACCAUGAUCUCGCACGCCUUGUACAAGCAAAGAGGGAGGUCUGGAACGAGGCAGGAGUUAAGUGAUGAUAAAUAUCAACAAAUCCGAUCAUUUCGAGAUAAGUCUACUUUUGCAUAAACAUCUGAAAAGCAUUAAUUUGAGCAUUAUCUAAGCUAUUUAUAGUUUGUAAACAAAUUCGACAUCCGUUUGUGUUAAUUUUAAUGGAUUGCCAUCGCUUUGAUUCUCUCCGUGUUUAACCGUUUUAAGGUUCUAACAGGGCACCAUAGCCUUCCAUCAUGGAAGGUUGUUUAAGGAUAACAUGUCCAAAUGUAGAUCUUGAAAUUGAUGUCAUCACGCAUACAAACCUUUAAAAUUCCCCUCUUGUGACUUCCGUGAGCAAUCAUUCUUAAAAUUAGCAUAAACUUAAGAUUUACCACGCAGUAAAUUUGAAGGGACGUAAAUGCCUCUUUGGUCGUGAUCAACCCUACAUAUAUGCCUUAGCAACUGUUAUAAAUGACUGCGUUGGUGUAAACAAAAACUCUGAGACGCGACUGGAUGCAUGCGCCGAAAUCAGAUCUUUACUUAAACAUCUGUAUUUUAUCAUGGCAGCUGUAUAGUCCGAUGAAUAGUUAGAAGCACUUAGGCCCAGAUUACACACGCCAGGUAAGGCUAUUCUUUCAGUAGCUUUAUCUUUACGUUUAGACCCAAAUCGCUUACAAAUACGGCCUUUCAAUGUCCGCGAUGUCCGUGCAAAAUCUAUGAUGGAGUAUCAUUCAAGUCACGAAACUACCGGAAUAUCUAUUUUCUUUAAAAAAAAAUGGGGGCCCAGCUCACAUCCUACAGUCUAUGCUCACACUUUACCGUAAGCUUUUGCGCCGGCACGAAAAUCAUACUCGCAGAUAGGGUUUCUGCUCACACAUAAGAACGGUAAUUUCGGUGCGAUUUCUGUGAUAGAGCGAAGCUGUAGAAGCUGCGCCACGCCGAUCUGAAAGGUGUUCAGCCUUAAUUUCUGUUUGCACUCUGUCUUUUAUGUGUCGCGGACCCUAUUUUUAGCCAGAAUAUUGAUUUCGUGAAGAGGGAAGUCUUAGUUAGCAAUAUGGCAAAAUGGAAUUUUAAUACAUAAAACUUUUAAAAGGUGAAAUAUUAUUUUAAUGCAUAACUGGUUUGUGUCACUUGAUUGAAACUUCCAACAACUGUUUUUUUGAAGUGCGCUUUUAUUGACAAGUGUCCAUGCAUAAAUUAAAGUAAACGUGCACGCAAAGAUUGGCCCCUUCAUUAUAACGCAUUACAAUAAUUGCAAUUCUCGAAAGUGCAUAAACGUCUAGAGUGAAAAUUUCAGUUGAGCUAUUGCGUAAUGGACAGGACGGACUUAUAGACGGUAAGUGUCGUUCCAGAACGAUCAUUCGUCUUUAUAACCUUUUUUUCUCCCAAACCCUUUUAAACGUCUGAUGAAUGAAAUUAAAUAUUUUCCGGUUUUUAUUCUUUUAGCACGGCAGGUACAUCAAUUAUUUUCAGAGAAAAAUUGGAAAAUGCGAACAGACCUGGCUGUGAAUUAAGAAUAUACAACGAUUUACGUAGAACAACGUGCAUGAAUUUUACGUCGAAUUGGAUAGUCCAUACUACGUACGUCAGGACGGAUAGUCCAUAUUACGUCAGGCCUUCUGUUCCAAAACGGCUAGACGUCAAAAUUCCAAAUUCCUCGAUAAACAAAAAGUACAAUGCGAACUAACUGAAGCAGAUCUUUUUUGUGUGGUUUCAUUACAUUUCUUAUUCGUCCAUUAAGAUUUAAACGUUAAAAUCACUUUAAAAUGUCUUGAAUAUUUAUGGGUUGAAGUAGUGAAAUAUAGUUGUCUUCGACUACAUUAACCACGGACCGAUUCGAGUAAAUUUAUAUUCGAGUAAAAUCGUGUUAAUUGUUUGGUCUUUUUAGGCCACAUAAUUAAGGCAUUUCUAGUUUCAUUUGAUAAGACUGAUAAAUUUUCUGCAACGUCACGGCAAGUAACGGCCCCUCGAUUUAGUGCCCCUUUGACUGUUUUCACAUCACUGAUACCGUGUGCUUUAUAGAAUCACGUACCAAAUUAUGUUUGUGCAACUGAAUAUUAAAAGUAAGAGAAAGAAAUGAGGAUUUAUUAACAAAUCGCCAGCUGCUACGAAAUCAGAAACGCUCAAAAAAGCUUUUACCACGCAAUCUUCAAAAGAAUAUGUUAUAGAUCGCCAUUAAGGUUAUGUAAUUGCCGCACUUAUUGGUAGAGGUUCGUCGCGAAUAAGCCUACGAACUGUCGAAAAGUUUUACCGAUUACGUCGAUGUGAAAUUCAUAAUCUAGUCUUUCGCUUGACAGUUUUCUUUGUUUCAAUCAUUAAAUACAAAAUGAAAACAGCCGUAUUUGUUUUAAUAUAUCCUUUCUAUGUGUGUGUCACUUAACAGUUCACUUUUCAGACUUUUACUGAAAUUGAAGUUUUGCAUCUGCUCAAAAAGAUGUCAGCGAUACACUGAAUCUAAAUGACAAAACAAGCAUUUCUUACAUGUUUUAAAAUACAGUCGCCCUUCGCAGCACAGAGUUAAACAACAUAAAGCGAUUGAUUUUUUCUUAAUAAUGAGCCCUUGUUCUCAUCUUUCGAUGGCAUAAUGACUGGCUAAAAUGACUCUAUGGCUAGAUCUACUAAUUUGCGAGACGCCUUCCGGCGAUUUUAAUGAGAUGAAAAUCGCAAAUUUAUAAAAACGGAAGAUUUACUCGACUUUGUUUACUCGAGCCAGAAAAGAGUAAGGUUGCAUAGAAAUGGUUUUCUCUUUUUCUGACAAUUUGAUGUUGGCUUUAGAGGGAGUUCUUAUCAAUGUAAUAUCCAUCGAUUGUGUUUUAAGCCAAUAGGAUCCUGUUUCUCAUAACACAUGCAAGAUAUUUCCUAUAUCACCCCGAUUACACAAACAAUUUGCUAUACCUCCAACACGAACAGUCGUUGCCUUGGUCUCUAGAGCUUACUCGAGAAAAAUUAAAGUUAAAUUCAGGCGCAACAAUCGUCCGAGACCUUUUAACGUUUGGCAACUAGUGUCAAGCACGAAACCGGACGGUCAAAUAUUUUUGCAGGUACGUUUUAAAGAAUUUCUAAGGCUUGUGUACCUGGCUUAAGUGUUAGGAUAGUAAGAUUAAUCUUGCUCCAACAUGCGAUCUUUCUGAGAUGUUUACUUUUGCUGAUUUUCAUUUUUAUAGUAGAGAUGACUGACAUCGACGAGUUGGAGAAGUCACUUAGGCAGUGUAAAGAAAUACACGCACGCUUUAACUUUACCGCGCUGAAACAACUCCACAUCAAUGACACAGGUCCUGUGAUACAAGCCCUCUUCGAUAACUUCUCGGAAUGUAUACAAGCAAGAGAGACCCCUCCUCCAACGCAAGCUACGUAUACACAGUCAACAACUCAGUUUCGUUGGUAUAAUUCAGCCGCCCUCUCGGCCUACUUCGUUAUAAUUGCCGUCGUUGGAUUGACAAUAAAUUUAGGGGUGAUUGGUACAAUAUGUCGUGUCAGAAGAUUGUGGACUAUCACUAACGCCUUUGUGUUGAGCUUAGCUAUGGCCGACUUUUUCAUGGCAAGUGUUUUAGUGCCGCUGGAAAUAAAGUAUAUAUACUCAGAGGAUGAAGUAUCGCGGGCGAAAGACACGCUGAUUACUCUGUUAGGCGUUGCAUCGCUUUUAAACCUCACCGCCGUCACACUGGAACGUUUUAUUUCAAUUUGCUACCCGUUAACGUCCGACACAUAUCUGACUCGCAUUCGCGCCACGAUUAUUAUUGCGACCAUAUGGCUUCUGUCCUUUUUUCAGGCGUUUUUAAACUGGGCGUUCAUAGGAAAAUCGCAUUUCCAACGAACUCUGUACGAAGAUCUCCGCUUUGCCCUUGCGUUUUGCUUGCCUUGUGUUUGCAUCUUGAUUGUGAACAUUAAACUUUUUUGCGUGGCUCGAGUUCACGCGCAUCACAUCCACGCAGCCAAUCCACAAGGUUCACGAGGCGCAAACCGCGCGUUCAUUAAGAAGAUGAAAACCGCCAAAAUCAUCGCGCUUCUUGUAGGAACGUUCAUGGUGACAUGGCUACCCUACUUUUCUUUGACAGUUUAUGACCACCAUCACCCGAACAGCGUACUCGUGAACAGAGCUUUGGAUGUCACUGAAGCCACGGUGUGUGCCACGGCGUUGCUAAAUCCUCUUCUAUACGGCUUACUUCGACGAGACGUGCGAGAAGCGAUGUUUAGAGGAAUCACGUGCCAGAAUGUGAACCAGACUGAGAUUCACAGUUUUUCAAACAGUUUUCGCACAGAGCACAACACUUGCCAAACUACAAUAAAGGCACGAGCCUGAGAAACUAUACCUUCGCUGUUCCUACACCCCGUUCAGAGAAACGCUGUGAAGCGUAUAUAAAUGCAACCUAGUUUAACUCAAAGGAACAUUCAAGAUGGGAAUUCGUCUGUUUGGGACAGUUGGUAUUAGCUAUCUUAAUAACGUGAAGUAAGUGUACCCUUCAUGCCACAAUGGCAUGCGGCUUCGCUUCUUUGAACUUGAUGUGAAAAGAACCUAAAACAUGCAUGAUGAUUAAGCGAACAUUUGAAACUUUUUCAAGCUAUAUGCGGCGCUGGUAAUCGUCGUGAUCAUUAGUAUUUAUUUCAAAAAAUGUGCGAUACAGUUAGAAUCUCGAUAACUGGGACUCGGAAAACUCGAAUACUCGGCUAACUCGAACUAUAUUUUCUUUCAAUUGAUCAAAACUUUCAGUGAAAUUUACCCCGAUAUAUGGAAUUUUCCGCUAACUCGAACUGUUUUUCGUUUCCCUUCAGAGUUCGAGUUACCGGGGUUCUACUGUAGUUACAAAUGUAUAAUCUCGUAGGCAACUCGAACUAUUCGAGGUGGGAGUUGGUGAUAGAAUUAAAUUAGGACAAAAUAACAAAGGGAAAAAUUAUUUGUUCUUUUAAACACGGUUUUAAAGAAUUGUAAAUACAGAACUUAAAAACAUUUACAUCACAAUGCAAUUGUAUCGUACAGGGAACGAAGCUUGUAUUAAGAAAUUACGGAAUGAAGCGAGGGCCUCUUUGACUAAUGAAAUAUGCUUGUAAUACCCCUCCUAUGACCCUGCCAAAAUAGCCAGUUUUUGGUUUGAGUUACACGGCUCGAUGCGUGCGUGUCGCCGGAUUAUAACCUCAUCAUUUGCAACAAAAAUCGACCUGAAUGGUGACAGGGUGAUCCGCCUGCAGCGAGCACGACUGUCUGUAAAAUUAAAAUCAUUGUCGGUCGAGUCGAAGGUGACAAAGCUGUAUUGCAAGCAUAACUUUCAAGAUAUUUUAAUCAAACUUUGCAUUGAGUUAGUGUAUUGAUUUGUUUUGAAAUUCAGUGCGAAUCUUUGAAUUCAUGCUAAAAAUUCUUCGUCAUCUCAAGCGUAAUGGUUCCGGCAAAUAAAGACGUUUUUAACAUUUCUUUUCUGUAAUGGCUUGUUUUCGUUAUGAUGAUUCCGAGUCCGGAAGUCCGAGAUUAUAACUCUGCUAUAUGUAAUUAUUUUCCUUAGUGAAAAACAAAAUAUUUCAAGUAAUUAUUGCAAAAAGAAGAGUUAAAUCACAAAAUAAUUAGAAACUAAAAUUUCAGACUUUACUGGCAGAGGUAGAUUUGUCUGAGUUACAUAUUAUUAUAGAUUUGUGAUAAAUUCGCUGAAGCAGACUUUUUAAAUUGUUUUUGAAGUAUUCUGUUAACACCUUGGAACACUACAUGGAAUAAGACCAUUCAGACAGUAUAUUCAAUGAAGAUGAAAUCAAAUGAUAGUGGAUUAAAUCAAGAGACUGUGGUUUUCUUUUUAGCAAAACCGAGGAAAAUGCUUUUUGGAAACCUAUUUAAUAGAAAGAAUAAGAGGUGCAUUAAUCAGUCGCACCUGGUUUCAGAAUUCUAAUCGAGGCAUAACAGUAUUGUGCUGUUUCUUGCGGAAAGAAUGCUGAGUGAAGUCUCGAUUUUUCCAUAGAGCCUCCUGAGGAGAAUUAGCUUGUGUGGAUACUAUUAUUAUACUGUUUGGCUGACUGGUGAAACCUGGCGGAGGUUUUGGGAAAAUCGAAUUCUAUUGUAUUUAAUGUUAAGCAGA